AUGUUCUUCACCCUCACCACCCUCCUCUCCUUCCUCUCCCUCCUCCUCCUCGCCGCCGCCACCCCGCUCAAGCGCCAGAGCAGCCAGUGCGACACCGGCACGCUGCAGUGCUGCAAGCAGGUCCAGCCGGCCGGCUCCGACCAGCACAACACGCUCCAGGGCAUGCUCGGGCUCACCGGCAGCCUCGCGAACCUCCCCAUCGGCACGACGUGCUCGCCCAUCAACGUCGGCGCGCUCGGCCAGGGCGCGUCUUGCGACGCCGAGCCUGUCUGCUGCGAGGACAGCUCCAGCGGCGGUCCCUUGAACUUGGCUUCCGCCGGCUGCGUGCCCGUCACCCUCAGCGCCUAG